GUCCUCGCUGCUCGCCGUACCGAGCUGACAGCACGUCGCCCCGCUCGGUGUGACUGACGUUGCACGCGCACAACUUUCCCCCCAAAUAAACCCCGCAAUGGCUUUUCAGUGUCAACGGGACAGCUACAUGCGAGAGCUCGUCACCUCCGUCGUGUCCUGCAGCCCUGCGGAGCUCCAGCGCGAAGCGAGCGGCAAGAAAGAAACCGUGAAAGGCUUCAACGUGAAGCUCCUGGACACCGUCCUGUUCCCCGAGGGGGGCGGCCAGCCGGAUGACCGCGGGCUCAUUGGAGGCGUCCCGGUGCUGAGGGUGACCAGGCUCGGGCCGGACGCCGUGCACUUCGUGGCCUCACCUGUGCAGGUGGGUCAGGAGGUGCGCGUGGAGGUGGACUGGGAGAGGAGGUUCGACCACAUGCAGCAACACUCGGGUCAGCAUUUGAUCACCGCUGUUGCGGAAAACCUUUUCGGAUACAGGACCACAUCCUGGGAACUUGGGCGCCAGAGAAGCACCAUCGAGCUGGACGCCCCCUCGGUGACGCCGGCCCAGCUCCGGGCUCUGGAGGACUCCGUCAAUGAGAAGAUCAGAGGCCACGUGCCCGUCAACGUUCAGCUCCUCUCUGUGGACGAUCCUGCUGUAGAAAAGGUGAGGAGUCGAGGGCUGCCUGACGACCACGCGGGGCCGAUCCGGAUCAUCGACAUCGAGGGCGUUGAUGCCAACAUGUGCUGCGGAACCCACGUGUCCAACCUCAGUCACCUACAGGUGAUAAAGCUACUGGGAACUGAGAAAGGAAAGAAAAACAAAACAAACCUGGUCUUCCUGGUAGGAAACAGGGUUCUGAGGUAUGCAGAGAAAAGCUACAGCACAGAGCGAUCGCUGGUGUCUCUCCUGAAAACCGGACCCGAUGAGCACGUUGAGGCUGUCGACAAGCUGCAGAAGUCUGUUAAACUACUACAAAAAACGAACCUGAGCCUGCUACGAGACGUGGCCGUCCUCGUGGCUCAGAACUUUAAGAACAACCCGCAGAGAGGAAACUUCUUCAGCUUGCACAGGAAAGAGGGCGACAAUGAGUUCAUGAGCAUCAUCGCCAAUGAAAUAAACACAGAGGAGACGCAGCUCUUCCUGACCGUCGGAGAGGAGAAAGGACCUGGUUUGUUCCUGCUGGCUGGACCCAGUGGACGCGUGGCUGAGAUGGGACCGCGGGUGCUAGAGAUGCUCCAAGGAAAGGGGGCGGGGAAAAACGGACGCUUCCAAGGAAAAGCCAACAGCCUGGCUCGCCGAGCGGAGGUGGAGGCGCUGCUGCAGCAGCAGCACACCGCAGAGGGAGAGUAAGAACGCAUUCAGGACUCAGGGACAGCGGAGCUAGUUUUUGGGAUUCUUAUUUUGGUUGUAAAAAGACAAAUGCCCAUAGAACUUCUGUACAUAUGAUUGUUUGUGCAGAGUCAUUUAAAAAUGUCAUUAUUUCCAUUCAAGCAUUCAAUCCAUUUUUCCAGGUGAGGAAGUUAUUAAACGUCCGGCUCAAGUGAACGUGAUUUAGCCCAUGAAAUGAGUCCUUACUCACAGCUUUUCUUUUUGGAAAAUGGACAAUCUACAAAAGUUGAACAAUGUUUUUAUUGUGAAAAACACGCAACGGCCAACACACAAACGUGAAUGAGGCUGAAGUCUUUGGCACAUGAUUUGAAACCCACGUACAAUGUAAUGCAACAGUUUUAUAACAAAUACUACCGUAGUGACAAUAACCGCUUAUCCCAAUUUACAUCGAAUGCUAUGAAAUAGAAGACACCUUAGGUUAAAUGUGAAGUCAUCCAGCCUCGUUGGAUUGAACUACAGGAGGUCGUGAUUAAACCGUUCUCGUGUUUCCUCCCUCA